AUGUCGAGUCAUUUUCCAUCACUCAAGCGCGCCCAUACGGAUCUUCCAGCGCAGUCAACAAGUCCGCUGCGACACGGAUCAACCGCGUCAACCAACUCCUCAGCCUACUCAGUUGUCUCGAGCUCCUUUGCUCCUAGCCGGACAAGCACAGUUUCCUCGAAUGCGUCGAUCCAGAGCAGCCUAGGCCACUAUCGAGGAAAGAGUGAGACGGGCCCAGCGACGAUGGAUACCAGUGGAGGUGGAAGCUGGGCCAAUGCCGGGACGGCAUAUGAGAACAUUAGACGGUCCCUACGACCUCUCCAACAGGCGCCCAAUAUUACCCCCGUGACAGCCAAGCCUCUUCCGUAUCGACACUCACGCAGCAAUACACUUGACGAGCCACGAAUUGGAAAGGAGUACCGGCCGAGUACUCCAGAUUCACCUCGCGUACACUUCAAGGAGAAUGAAUCACCUCGACACAGAGCUGCUACAUUCGAUCCCCAAACGCCGCCAAGGGGCACUACGCCUCAACAUCUCUCUCCUACCCCCACGCCGGGGUCAUCGAGACCCUCGUCACCUCAGAAGACGCUGUCAAAUAGCCCGCACCCUCCACAACUUACCACCGCUUUGUCGGCGCCAGAACUCGAGACAUUCCAAAAGUCAUCGACGCGUCAUCUCAGAACCCUGUCCAAGAUUGCACAGUCCGGCGAGAAUGAUGACUUUCAGUUCAGUGCAGCAACACAAUCUGUGGUGGGAAUGCAAGGGCGACGACGGUUGAAACGUGCGGACUCCGUCGCGGGUGGACGAACUGGCGCGGUGUCCCCAGAGAAACCCAAGGUGUCAUCUUGGGCUGCUGGGAACUGGAUGGAUCAACAGCGGCAAUUCCUACAAGCCUACGAAUAUCUCUGUCACAUUGGAGAAGCCAAAGAAUGGAUUGAAAGCGUAAUCCAGAAAGAGAUUCCGCCCAUUGUGGGUCUGGAGGAAGCUCUGCGAGACGGUGUGACGCUCGCCGAGGUGGUGCAGGCCAUGUACCCCGAUCGAGUCUUGCGUAUAUUCCGACAUGCAAAGCUACAAUAUCGUCAUUCCGACAACAUCGCCUUGUUCUUCCGAUUCCUUGAUGACGUGGAGCUGCCCGAAUUGUUCCGUUUCGAGCUGAUUGACCUUUACGAGAAGAAGAAUAUCCCAAAGGUCAUCCACUGCAUUCAUGCCUUGUCCUGGUUACUUUUUAAGAAUGGUAUGUUGGACUUCCGCAUGGGGAACUUGGUCGGACAGCUGGAAUUCGAGCACCACGAGCUCGAACAGACUCAAAAGGGUCUGGAUAAGGCCGGUGUCAGCAUGCCCAGCUUUGCGGGCAUGGCCGCGAACUUCGGCGCGGAGCCAGAACCAGAACCUGAACCGGAGCCCGUCGAGUCGGAGGAAGAGAGGAUUGACCGCGAGCUACACGAAAAUGAACACUCGGUCGUGGACUUCCAGGCCCAGAUCAAGGGUGCCAUGCUGCGGUUGAAGCUAGGCACCAUGAUGAAUGAACUUUGGGAUUUCGAGCCUUUGUUGAUCGACUUGCAAGCACGCCUACGUGGUGACUGGGCCCGCCAAAUCAGUCAGUACCGGCUGAGCAUGCGUCAAUUUGCCGUCCAGCUGCAAGCCAUCAGCCGUGGUUUCAUCGUGCGCCAACGACAGAAUGGCGAGAAGCAAUGGCGAGAGGCGCAGGAGUCCGAUGUUCUUCAACUCCAGAGCUUGAUUCGUGCUUCGAAAGCGCGGGCAGAAACUCAACUCUUGCAGACACGCGCUCGCCGGGAGGAGAAUGCUAUCAAGCAAUUCCAAGCUGCCAUUCGAGGUGCUCUGCAACGCAAAAUUGUCUCCGACCAAUGGGAAGAAACGCACUAUGCCGCAAACGAUGUUACGACUCUUCAAGCGGUAAUCCGUGGUGCUUUGCAAAGAAAACAGAUGAGUGUCCAGUCUCGGGAGGUUGAACAAGCUAGCAGCCCGAUCAGAUCACUGCAGGCAGUGAUUAGAGGAAAUCUCGCUCGUCAGCACAUGUCUCAAGUGAAGACGUCUCUUCAACAUGAAGCCGAUGCCAUCACCCUCAUUCAAUCCACCAUUCGCUCCCUUGCAUCUAAGAAACGCCACGUGCAGCUGUUGGAGGCACUUUCGAAGACUGAACACCAAUGUACCGCGCUACAGGCAAUGGUGCGUGGCGCUGCUGUUCGCCAGGGCAAUUCAAUUCUUCACUCAGAGUUAGCUGAGCAUGAAUCUGCAGUCACUCUUCUUCAGGGUAUCCUUAGGGGGAAGGCAAUCAGGAAGUUCCUGGAAGACCAGCAGGCUUCGCUGAAACAGAAAGAGAGUGUCAUUUUGGACUUGCAGGGGAAGAUCAGAGGUGUCCUGCUACGAAACCACCUGGCAGCAGAGCGAAGAGAUCUUGAGAAGCACGAGCAUCUGGUUGUGAGCCUCCAGUCCUUCGCACGUGCCGCAUUGCUUCGCAUCGAGGUUGGGGGACUUCUGGCACGACUUGAGGAUAGUGAAGAGGAGGUCAUCCAGCUUCAAGCAUUGUCGAGAGCUAUGCUCCUCCGAGUGCAAGUCGGCCAGGCAUUGGCUGAUCUGGAAGACGAGGAAGAGUUUAUCGUCGAUCUUCAGGCCCGUAUCAGGGGUAGCCUGAUCCGCAACCGCUUUGAGGAGCGACGCCGUCACUAUAAUGAAAACAUGGAGAAGGUCAUCAAAGCCCAAAGUGUCAUCAGAGGCCGCAUUCAGGGCCAGGCAUACAAGAGUUUGACAAGCGGCAAGAACCCACCUGUUGGAACUGUGAAGGGUUUCGUCCAUCUUCUGAAUGACAGCGAUUUCGAUUUCGAUGAGGAAAUUGAAUUUGAGCGGUUGCGGAAGGUGGUCGUCCAGCAGGUUCGCCAAAAUGAACUUGCAGAACAGUAUAUCAGCCAGCUUGACAUCAAGAUUGCCUUGCUCGUGAAAAAUAAGAUCACCCUGGAUGAAGUCGUCAAGCACCAAAAACACUUUGGUGGCCACAUCGGCAAUCUUUUGUCCAACACCGACAUCUCCUCCAAAGACCCCUACGAUCUCAAGGCUUUAAACAAGACCUCGAGAAAGAAGUUGGACCAGUAUCAAGUGUUCUUCUUCCUCCUACAGACUCAGUCCCAGUACCUCGCCAGACUAUUCCGUCGCCUUCGUGAGCUCAACACCUCGGACAAGGAGUAUGAGCGCAUCAGACAUUUGAUGAUGGGUCUCUUUGGGUACUCGCAAAAGAGGCGCGAAGAAUACUACCUUGUCAAGCUUCUUACUCGCUCCAUCAAGGAAGACAUCGAAACCUUCACCGCACUUCCUGAAUGUUUGCGCUCUCACGCCUUCUGGAACAAGCUCUUUGGCUCAUAUGCCAAAUCACCUCGCGACCGGAAGUUCAUGCGUGAUGUUCUGGGCACAGUGGUGAAAGAGUCCGUCAUCGACAACCCAGAUCUUGACCUUGAGAGUGAUCCGAUCCAAAUUUAUCGCUCUUCUAUCAACAAUGAGGAGCUUCGCACAGGUCAACGGAGCCGUCGGCGACCCGAUCUCCCCCGAGAAGAAGCCAUCAGAGAUCCGGAGACUCGGGAGACAUUCAUCCAGCACUUGCAAGAUCUGCGUGACAUUGCUGAUCAAUUCUUUGCUGCGUUCGAAGAUUUCUUGUACCGCAUGCCAUUUGGUACCAGAUACCUUGCGCAACAAAUGUAUGAGAAUCUUCUCGUGCGCUUCCCCAACGAGGAUCCCGGGUUUAUCCUACAAACGGUUGGCCAUUGGGUGUGGAAAAAUUAUUUCCAACCCGCACUACUCGAGCCAGAGAAGUACGGUGUUGUGGAUCGGGGUCUAACCCAGGAACAGAAGAGAAACCUCGGCGAGAUCGCCAAGGUCGUGGCUCAGGUGGCUUCUGGCAGACUCUUUGGAGCCGAAAAUGUGUACCUCCAGCCUCUCAACUCCUAUAUUGGCGAGUCAAUACAAAGGCUCGGCCAAAUUUGGGGGUCAAUGAUCUCGGUGCAAGAUGCCGAAGCGUACUUUGACAUUGACGAGUUCAACGAUCUCUACGCCAAGGCAAAGCCUACUCUUUACAUCAAGAUGUCUGACAUCUUCUCUAUUCACCAGCUUGUUGCUUCUCAGAUCGAGUCCAUUUGUCCGCACCCGGAUGACUUCCUCAAACAGCUCGUACGGGACCUUGGAAACGUGAAGAGCAACGAGAACGAGUUGAUGGGGGUCAGUUCCACGGAAAUCAAUUUGACACUGAACCCAAAGCUUGCCCAAACCGAAGAUCCGGAAGCCGAUAUUAAGACCCUGUUCAUGGAGACCAAGCGAUGCAUCCUCUAUAUCAUUCGCGUCCAGAGUGGAGCAAACUUGAUGGAUAUCAUGCUCAAACCUCCGAGUGAUGAAGAUCAACAACGAUGGCACACCCUGGUACGGGAGGAGUUGAGCACUAACAACUCUCGUCGGGGCGCCUACUCGGAGGCUAGCACGUUGAUUGACAUCGGGUCCAUGGACUACACAGAGCUCAAGGGUAUUGCUCUAGAGAAUAUUCUUCGCCUUGAGCAAGCCGGCAAGAUUAGCCGGCAUAAUCAUUACCAGGACCUCCUGAACGCCAUCGCAAGCGACAUCCGGACCAAGCAUCGUCGCCGAAUCCAGCGAGAACGUGAGCUGGAGGGUGCACGAAUGACCUCAGCUCGCCUCAAUGACCAAGCACUCUACCUGGAUCAACAGCUCAAGACCUACAACGACUACAUUGAACAAGCAAUGAUAACGCUGCAGAACAAGAAGGGCAAGAAGCGAUUCCUCAUGCCGUUUACCAAGCAGUGGGAUCACCAGCGCGAGCUCCAGAAAUCGGGCAAGGUGUUCAAGUUCGGUUCGUACAAGUAUUCCGCUCGCACAUUGGCCGACCGGGGCGUACUUGUCGGGUGGAAAGGGUAUAGCGAGCGACAAUAUGAUCGAGUGGAUCUUACCAUUUCCAGUAAUGAAGUUGGAGUUUUCACCAUUGACGGAAGCAGCGGCAACAUGAUGAUCCCUGGAGCCAAUGCUCAAGUACCACUUGACGACCUGCUGCAAGCCCAGUUCAACAACACACAGUUUAUGGACUUCUUCGACGGGCAAAUGCGAGUUAACGUCAACCUCUUCCUGCACUUGAUCAUGAAGAAGUUCUACAACGAGUAA